AUGAGUAAAGUUACGCGUUUGUCGCGCAGGUACUCGCAAAUUAGCCAAAGGGGAGUCGAAUCGACCAUCAAGAAGUUUGUUAAGGAAAUAGAAAUCACUAAGAAGUCGAUGAUAGCCGAGAGUUUGAAGAUUGAGUGCAUGAGGCCCGUGGGUACCUACGCUUUACUAAAAGAACGCAAAGGUGAGAAACUUACAUUGGACUCGUAUGGUUUGACGAUAGUUGUUGGUUAUAUACCGGGAACAAACUACCAUUUGAGAGUUAACUUAACGAUGAUAACAAAAGAAAAGUGA